AUGGCCAACAAAUUUCCAAAUUACUUUUUAAAUCUAUUUUUUUUUCUUCAGCGAAAAAUUUUGGAGGAAAAGCAACGCCAAAAACGGAUGUAUUCGGCUGGAAUUCGUCAGAAUGAUGCGAUGAAAGAUAGUCGUUUUGGUACGUCGAAAAGCGCUAAUAAAGAAUUGCACGGAUAUGAUGGGCCGUUAUCAUUCGGUAUCACCAACAUGGAGGAUCCUGAUCAAAUAACAUCGCCCGUUUUUCAUGGUCGGACUAUAAUUACUGUACGAGGCGUAACACCUCCUCCAGCUCAGUGCUCAUCAGAUGACGAUAUGCCAUGGAAAGAAACUACUGAAAUAGCAACUUCAUAUACUGAUAACGGUAAAAAUGAUGCAUCAGAAUGUGAUGAAGAACCGCUCGUUGAACCGUCGAGAGAAGAAAUAGAAGAAAAUAUUUUAGCUGGUACAGAACAUCCUGACGUGAACGAAAUAAUAACAAACUUAGAGCAAUUCGUCAAAAUGCCAGCCAGAAGAAAUAUAACAUUUAAAUGUCGAAUAACGAGAGAUAAGAAAGGCGUCGAUAAGGGUAUUUAUCCGACAUAUUAUCUUCAUUUGGAAAAAGAUGAAGAUAAGAGAGUGUUUUUACUGGCUGCUCGUAAGCGUAAAAAGAGCACAACAGCAAAUUAUUUGAUCUCAAUUGACCCAACGGAUCUUAGUAGACUUGGCAGUUCUUUUAUUGGUAAAGUAAGGUCGAACGCCCUUGGUACUCAAUUCACACUUUAUGAUAAUGGAGAAAAUCCAAAAAAAGCCUCAGUAGUUGGGAAUGAUGUUCGACAGGAACUAGUCGCCGUUAUAUAUGAGACGAAUGUACUUGGAUUCAAAGGACCACGAAAAAUGACAGUUCUUAUUCCAGGAAUUUGUGACACUGAGAAUUAUCGCCGCAAGGAAAUACGACCAAUUUCUGAAAGAGAUACGAUUUUAGAAAAAUGGAAAAAUCGUCGAACUGAGGAACUAAUAACAAUGCAUAAUAAAAACCCCGUUUGGAAUGAAGAUUCACAAUCAUACGUCUUAAACUUUCAUGGUAGAGUAACACAAGCAUCAGUGAAAAAUUUUCAAAUUAUUCAUGAUGCUCAUCCGGAUUAUAUUGUUAUGCAAUUUGGUCGAAUAAGCGAUGAAAUUUUUACGAUGGAUUUUCGCUAUCCGUUAUCACCGCUUCAGGCAUUCGGAAUUGCUAUGACUAGUUUUCAUGGAAAAAUUGCUUGUGAAUAA